AUGGUUGAGUUUCCUAAAACAAAGGCCUCUAUAAAGGAGCUGCUUGACUUACUGCGAUGCGAUAACUGCUCCCGGACUCUACAUGAACCAUUUACUACUGGAGUUUGUUCUCACACGCUUUGUCUGGAGUGCUGUAGUACCAGUGUUGCUCCAGCGGGAAGUCGAUCAAAAAAGCACACAGGGAUUAGUAAUAUUUGUCCUCUUUGCUACAUUCCUAUUCGUCCUUGCGAUAUUAAGCCUCAUCCUCAGCUUCACAAUCUUGUUCUUGUUGCUCGACGGCUUGCGAAGCUCCUUGGGAACAAUGAGGUUUCUCAUUCGUCCACUCUAUGUGUUGAGUCGAAAGACGAGGAGUCGCAUGAUAGUAUGGAGUGUUUGAGUUAUGUUGAUUACCAUCACUUUGAAAGUCCGUCACCUUCACAUGCUCAAAAAAGCCAUUUGAGAUCAUUUGACUCGUCAAAUGCUUCACCUACGACUACUGCAGUGCCUCCUCUUGAAUGCUCUACUAGACUCUCUCUCCAACCAGUUGUUGUGCUAACUAGGAGCAUUGAUGCUGAAAGUAUGGUUCCCGCAACGUUAAUGCCGCCACCACCGGCUCCUUGCAAAAAAUCCUCUCAUCGAAGGAGUGGUAUUGCUAGCGAACCCCCGGAAAAAGUCACGCCAAAAUCGAAGACAGAAGUCGAACCGAAGGCACCUUUAGCUUCCCCAGAGCAUUCAGGAAUGGCCGAAACCUUAGUCUUGCCUCUCUCCUUGCACACAUCAUCACUGAAACGGAAAUCUUCGGCUAACAGUGGCAAUGGUGGCCGUGAAGAUCGUAGGUCCGCCUACAGACGUAGAACCAAAGGCAGCGGUGUUGGAGGUGGAGAAGGAACUGAUCUAAAGCUGAAUAGCAAGGGCGAGAGUGCCCUCCACCGAGCUGCCAUUAAGAACAACGUAUCAGAAUUGAAGCGCCUUCUGACCGCCGGUCUCUCGCCAGAUGCUCGCGAUCACGCUGGCUGGACGCCGUUGCAUGAGGCGGCGCUACGUGGACAUGCCGAGGCAGUAGAAUGCCUCCUCACUGACGGCCACGCCACGAUUGAUAUGCCGGGUGGUCCAGAUCUAGAAACAGCUCUUCACGAAGCUGUGUGUAACCAUCAAGUUGAGAUAGUUCGUCUCCUGCUGCGUUACAAUGCCAACCCUACGUUUGCUAAUGGUCAGGGUGUCACGCCGCUACAGAUAUGUGCUGAACAUCUCAUUAAGGCGAAUCAAGCUACCCUCACAAACACUAAGUCUCGCAAGGGGCGGCCACUCAAACAGCAGAACUCUGUUGAAACCUUGAAAGACAUUCAGACCAUUCAAGAUCUUCUUACUGCAGCGGUGACGAAAACUUUGGAAUCGGAAAAGGCGACGCUGACUGUGCCCGACCAUGCCGCUUCCGUUCUCUUUGUUGAACGAAGACGCCUUAGACCUCUCCUCUUGGGUACGGGUCUGAAUCGGAACCAAAAGAACAUGCUGGCUAGAGUGGCGAGUCAAAUCCACGCCAGAGUUGCUGUGAAUAUUUCGGCGGAGGUGACCCAUCUUAUCACAGGUGCACAGAUUACUCCAACGAAAGGUGACAAACAACAAAGAGGAAGGAAAAAGAAGGGGGAAAAGGUUUCGAAGUCUGCAGACGUAGGAAUCACUUGUCCAAGAACGCUUAAAUUCCUAUGUGCUGUGUUGCAGGGCUGCUGGGUUCUCUCUUUUGAUUGGAUCGAGACGUGUGAUGCCAUGAAGAUGCGGGUGGAGGAAGAGGCCUUCGAGGUGACUGGCUGUAGUACCGCUCCUAAUACCUAUGCUUCAAGGCGCGCUAGACGAGCUCGGGAAGCAGGCUCCUCUGGGCUCUUCCAUGGCUAUCGGUUCUGCCUCCUUGGCAGUUUCGCCUACCCAACACCGGACCGAGUUGACCUCUGCAAUCUUUUGACAAGCGGCGGUGCAACCAUCUUCUCCCGCGAUGUCACCUCACCCUCUCGUCUGGCCUACAUCGCGGUGGACGACCCAGCCAUCGCCGAGCUAUGGAUGGUGCAGCAGGGUGAAAGUGCUCAAGAAUCGGAGCCAGGGCCGAAGUCAUUGCCAGCGACUACGAACACUAUCGGUAACGCCUAUGAGGCUACCACAGUGCAUCCACACCAGUUAAUCGCACUCUACGAUCCGCGUACUUCGGGAUUGUUACCUAACACCAGUCCGGCUGACGAGGCGGCAGCAGCAGUUGCAGCAGUGACAAUUGUCGGUCGACCAGAGGAGUUAGUGGGCGCAGCGCUACGAAUGCUGCAGCCGCGAAUGCAAUCCUCCCUCCCCACCUCUGUUAUCGAUUUUCGACCCAUUAUACUGGUGCCUGCUACAUGGAUUAUGGACUGCAUUGCGGCCUAUGCUCUACUUCCACUUCCUACGAUUCCGAAAUGA